AUGGGAAAUGAAGCUUUCGAUCAUGGUGAUUUUAAAACCGCUCGGAAUUUCGUCGAGUUGGCAUUAGAAGCCGCCAAUGAGAUCGCAGACAAAAACGCUCAGGGAGGUGCAUAUGUCAACCUUAGCACUGCCUAUUGCUCUCUCUUUGAUUUCAAGAAAGCAAUCGAGUAUUCUAAGCGGGGUCUAAGUAUCGCAGAAGACACUGCAGACAGAAAUUUAGAAGGAAGUGCAUAUAACAUCCUUGGCAAUGCCUAUCAAUCUCUCUGUGAUUCCAAAAGAGCAAUCGAGUAUUUUAGGCGGGCUCUAAUCAUCGCAAAAGAGACUGGAAACAGAGAUUUAGAAGGAAUGGCAUAUAACAACCUUGGGAAUGCCAAUGUCACUCCCAGUGAUUCCAAGAAAGCAAUCGAGUUUUUUAAGCUAAGUCUAUGUAUCGAGAAAGAGAUUGGAGACAGAAACUUCGAAGGAACAACCUAUAACAACCUUGGUGCUUCUUAUAGCUCUCUCUUUGAUUUGAAGAAAGCAAUCGAAUGUUUUGAUCUGAGUAUAAGUAUCGCGAAAGAGACUGGAAACGGAGAGUCACAAGGACGCGCAUAUAUGAACAUUGGCAAUGUCUAUCAAUGUCUCGGUGAUUCCAACAAAGCAAUCAAGCUUUAUGAGGAGAGUCUAAGUAUCGCAAAAGAGACUGAAAACAGAAAGUCACAAGGAGAGGCAUAUAACAACCUUAGUGUUGCCUAUAGCUGUAUCGGUGAUUUCAAGAAAACAGUCGAGUAUUCUAAGUUGGGACUAAGUAUCGCAGAAGAGAUUGGAGACAAAAAUCUACAAGGAAGCGCAUAUGUCAACCUUGGCGUUGUCUAUGGCUGUAUCUGUGAUUUCAAGAAAGCAAUCGAGUAUUUUAAGUUGGGAUCAAGUAUCGCAGGAGAGACUGGAAACAGAAAUUUACAAGCAGCCGCAUAUGUCAACCUUGGUGAUGCCUACCAAUCUGUCGGUGAUUCCAAGAAAGCAAUCGAGCUUAAUGAGCUGGGUCUAAGUAUCUUGAAAGAAACUGGAAACAUAAUUGAAAAAGGAAUUGGUUAUUAUAACUUAUCUUUUAAUUGUUUUCGUGUUGGCCAGUUUUCUAAAGCCGAGGAGGUUUGUAAAUCCUCUAUAAAACUAUUCGAGGAAGCGAGGGUUCUCCUUCAAGGAAAAGACGAGUGGUUAAUCAGCCUUCGUAAUAAACUUGAUCCUAGCUAUACCCUGCUGUGGAGAAUUCAAUUACAACUAGGCCACAUCCUUGAAGCUCUUUUUACAGCCGAAGUAGGACGAGCACAAGUUCUCGUGGAUCUCAUGGAAUCGCAAUAUGGCGUGAGAAAGUCAAUUCAGUGGAAGUUAAAACAGCCAAUAAAACUGACGAUGUCUAGCAUUUCAAACCACAUUUCAUCACCUACGCUGUUUCUAGCAGAAGAACUAGAAUCAGAUCUAAAAUCUGUGGUGAAUUUCUGGUUAAUUCAAACGGGUCAGCAGUGUCAGUUUACGAAAAAGGAAAUCAGUGAGAACUUGACAUCGUUGACUUGCAAAGCAUACGAAAAGAUUGGUGUCAAGUUAAAAGUCAGGUGCGCGAAUCGCUCCCUGGAUGGGCCGGAAAAUGAAGAGAAAACUUUAAAAUCAGAGCAAGACAAGGAUGGUGCUUUAAAAACACUGUAUGACGUAGUUAUCGCUACAAUUUCACCCUUGAUAGAAGGUGACGAACUCGUUCUUGUCCCUGACCGUUACUCAUUCUUGAUUCCUUAUGCUGCCCUUGUGGACCAACAUUCCAGGUAUUUGUCUGAAACGCUAAGAAUUCGAUUGGCUCCAUCACUAACAUGCUUGAGGCUGCUGUCAGAGUGUCCGGAGGGCUACCAUAGCAAAUCUGGUGCGCUGCUUGUUGGUAAUCCAUGUUUGGAAACCGUACGCAACAAACCAUGGAAAAACCUUCCGCAACUUCCAGGUGCUGAGAAAGAAGUGAAAAUGAUUGGACAGAUUCUUAACAUCGAGCCUCUCGUUGGAAAGGACGCUUCAAAAGAGAACGUUUUAAGCGGGCUUUCCUCAGUUUCCUUAGUACACAUUGCAGCUCACGGUUGUCCAGACACCGGAGGAAUUAUUUUGUCUCCUAACCUUGCUAGUUCGGACAAUCCCGAAGAGAAAGACUUUCUUUUGACGAUGGCAGAUGUUUUGGAGGCACAACUGCACGCCAAGCUUGUUGUCUUAAGCUGUUGUUACAGUGGGCAAGGUGCCAUCAAAGCCGAAGGUGUGGUUGGAAUUGCACGUGCCUUUUUGGGAGCCGGUACACGUUCGGUUAUUGCGUCACUGUGGGCGAUUAGCGACGAUGUCACUAUGGAGUUUAUGAGACACUUUUACGAACAUUUGGUAGCAGGGGAAAGUGCAAGUAAGUCGCUUCAUCAGGCCAUGAAAACGCUACGCGAGUCUGGAGAAUUCAAUGCUGUCAAGUACUGGGCACCAUUCGUGUUGAUUGGCGACGACGUGACAAUGAAUUUUGCUCAAUGA